CAACUGAGUUGUCAGUUGAAUUAGUAGUUGUCAAAACCAUUGGUGGGUACACAACUCAACUCUGUUGCCUUUGUUAAGUUGUAUGCGAGCUGUCAAAACCAAAAACAACUACUGUGUAUUUAUUGUAUUCGCGUCGGCAAGCGUAAAUAUGGAGAAAAACAAAGUUUCAACCAAACAACAACUAGACCGCCUUGUCGAUUUAGUUAAAAAGAAUCCUAACAUUGGCAGAGGUAAACGCAUAUAUGGAACGAGACGUGACGAAAUAAAUCAGACGUGGGAGAAAUAUGCCGACGAGCUGAAUAGCCUGGGACCGCCAACGAGAACAGCGACGGAAUGGCAAAGGGUGUGGAUCCAUUAUAAAGCCAACCUAAAGCGCAAAUUGGCGCGCACUAAAGAGCACCUCGAGACGAAUGGCAGCAGACUGGGUGUAUUCCACGAAAUCAGCUUGUCUGCAACUGAGGAGAAGGCAUUUGAGAUCACACAAAUGGAUUUUUCCUUCAGCACAAACGAAUUCAUUGAUGUGAGUGACGAACGAAUUAAAACUCCAUCACCACCAGCUGCUGAAUCAUCGCUAAUUGCUGGAAACACCGAACAACCGACAACCAAACCAGCGAAGACAACAGUAGCGCAGCUGGAAUUGCUUGAAGCGAUGGCUGGCAAGCAAAAUGAAAUGCUGCGUACGCUUAGGAACAUGCAAAGCACACAACAUAAGUUGUACCAGUUGAAGUUGGAGAAACUGAAGUUGCUGAAGAAACGUGAACGUGAGGCGAGUGCCUUGCGUAAACUAAGGACAGAGCUGGCAAAAGCAAAAUUAAUGCAAAUUAAAAAGUAAAUGCGUGUGUGUUUAAUACAAGUGAAGAGGAUUUGACGAAUAAUGCAAAAGCGAUUUAAAAACACUUUUUUAUUGAAAAUUAUUGCAGUUAUUGUUAUAAUUUGUUUCACAUAGGAAUCUGUGUAUAUGUAUAUGUAGAUUAUAUAUGCUCAAGUAUAUUAUAUAUAAUAUGUAUGUAUGUAUUCAUGUAUGUAUAUUGUAUAUAAUUGGUAUGUAAUUGAAUUGAUAAGUUUAGUAUUAGUAUAUGUAUACUAUGCAAGUAGUUAGUUUUAUAUAUUUAUAUUAAUAUAUGUAUGCGUGUAUUAUUCACGGCGUUUGGAUAGCUUAACUCGGUUUUUAGUCUUACAUACUUUCA